CUCUUCGCAGGAAUUUCAUUUUGAAGUUUCUUAAUUCUUAUUAUUAUUAUUGCUGAUAAUGUUAAGCGUCCUCCAACCUACCAAACUAUCAUCAUGCGAGCUUCGAUCGUAUGAUAACGCUGACGUCAUGGCCUCGUUACGUCACAAUGACAUCAUGGAUCACGGCGCGAUGAAUAUGUACAGGAUGGACUCGAUUGGAAAUUUCGCUUCAUCAGAAGACUCAUGCUCGUCGUCGAACUACGAUCACGACUACGAUGUCAAAACACCCCAUAUUUUCACCAGCAACCAAGGCAUCGCUUGUUCGGGAAACUCGAAGAGAAACGCGAAGACUCGUUGGAGUCCUGAGGAAGAUGAGAGAUUAAAAAGUUUGGUUGAUAAACACGGGGUUGACGACUUCCAGAAAGUUUCAUCUUAUUUUACGGAUCGCUCAGACAUUCAGUGCUUACAACGUUGGCAGAAAGUUUUGAGUCCUGAACUCAUAAAAGGGCCCUGGACAAAAGACGAAGACGAGCUAGUUGUCGAAUUGGUCAAGAAAUAUGGUCCGAAAAAAUGGUCGCUGAUCUCCAAGCAUUUGAAGGGGAGAAUCGGGAAGCAGUGCCGAGAGAGAUGGCACAAUCACUUAAACCCUGAUAUAAAGAAAUGUGCUUGGAGCGAAGACGAAGAUAGAAUCAUCUUUGAAGCUCAUAAGAGGCUUGGGAAUAGAUGGGCUGAGAUUGCUAAGCUUCUUCCUGGAAGAACUGACAAUGCAAUCAAAAACCACUGGAAUUCUACGAUGAAACGAAAAGUUGAAAAUGAAGGUUAUUUAUCGGGUCCCAUGCCACCGUACAUUAUCGAUAAAUUGGGACCCCUAGCAAGACACCCGCUCCUACCAAUGUGGGAUUCACAGAGCCAAUUCACAAACAUGAUUGGCCAAUUUCAAGUCUACACCCCUUCUCUUGAUUCAACCAAUCAGAACGCUUCGUUUGUUUUGUCACAAUCACAGGAUGGAGAGUUUUCACAGGGAAGCAACGAAACAGAAUCGGAAGAAUAUCAUCUUAUCAACAUCAGUGGAGCACAGAGUCUUUCCCCUCUUAAAAGGAUGAACAUUAUUCGCAUCCCGGAUCUAAACAAGAAUCCAACAGGUUGGACCCAGCUUAACCCAUCCCAACCAGGGAAUUCCCCUGUUACCCCAAUAAAGUUCACCCACAUGGCAAAGGCGGGCAAAACAGACGUGAGACUAACAAGCAAAGGACUGGCAACGCUCUCGCGUUGUUCAAACACGAAUGGUCUUAUCUCAAUUACGUCACCAGCUGCUACGAAGUUCCUUUCCCCACCUACGAUACUUAAACGAAAACGCCACACACGCAAGCAGUCACAGCCAUUACCACGCUCAUACAGCGCAAGCCAACCCCCAAGUGAAGUUAAGAGCUCAGUGUCACGUCAACUAUCAAUGGGGGCGGAACCUUUCAAUGAUUCUCAGAUCACCGAUGCCAUGAUAGACGAAUUGAUUGGUUCGACCAACGAAGGAACAACGAAUGUUACGUCACAGAUGCCUCCGACUGUCACGUCAUCAAACCCCCCUAUGACGUCACUAAACCCGAUUGACUUUUCGCGUUUGACCUUUAAUAACCCCGUGACCUCGAGUCAGCCGGUCGCGCCACAAGGUUACCAGAGUUCAUGUCCAGAGAUACGCAGCUACCCACAUUAUGUCAUGUCGCAACAAAAUCACAAAACACCGAACAAAACAACGCCGAUCAAAAAUUUACCUUUUUCACCAUCGCAGUUCAUGAACAAUUCCAUGGAGAUCGAGCAACCUUCUCUAACAUCAACCCCUGUGAAAAUAAUAAACCCAGCUUUUCAGACUCCUGUGAAGAAGGGAGAUCCCCGAAACAAGGAAAACAAUGGUUUCACUCCCGCAUUCUGCCGUUCCAUCGCGGAGUCUGUACCACGCACACCAACGCCGUUCAAAAACGCAAUGGCGGCUCAAGUCAUGAAACAUGGUCCUAUUAAAAUGCCGGACACUCCAAACUCAUUAGACGACUUAUUUGAGAUGAUCAACAGAGAAGAGAAAACGAAUUAUGAACCAAAACCUAAAAGGGCGAGAACCGACAUCGAAUACAAGCCCGACCGCGUACGUAAGGCGUUGCUUCUCGGCGACGAUUGGAUGAAGACGCGAUCCCCAAACAUCAACUGUCAAGUGUCAAUCAAAAGUGGGCUCGUCAAAUCAGAACUGGACACCCAACUCUACCCACCCCCUCCAACCUUCGGCACCGAGCAGUUGUUCCCAUCCAAGUGUGACGUCAAACAGGAACCGUUACCUAGCAACGGCUACGUCACGGGCGGGGAAUACCCUCCUCUUUUCAACGAAACACCCGCCGAACUCGACUACGCCGACGAGUUGUUGGACGAAGACUUCACUCGUUUUUUUACCGAUGACGAUUCUGACGCCACUAUCGCAUCUUCGAUGCUGACGUCAUCGCUGACGUCAUCAACGUGUUCACUACACUCCCUAAUGAAACCAACAGUAAUGGGCGACAGGAGACGAGCACGAGGGGCGCCGCUCGAUACUGCCUGGGAGGAAAUCGCUUGCGGUAAAACAGAUGACCAACAAAGCAUGACAGCGGCCGCUAAGUCGUAUAUGAUGCUGAUAAACCCAUCACUGAUAUAAAGAUCCCACCAACCACCACCCGAAAACUACAUUCCAAGGGUGCCAAGUUCAAGCCCCGCCGAAGUGACUUUUAAAAGUGGUGAGAAACCAACGAAAUGCUUCUAUCUCUUUUUCUAUUUAUGAAUCGAAAAAUCCAACCACGAAUCGCAGAGUUCAUAAGUUUAUAUUCUAUUUUUCUACCUCUUACGUCAUCAUCGUGUAUAGUUGUGUACAUAUCUGCGCGAGCGCUAUUUUAGUUUCAGUAUUUUCGUCACGAGAAAGGUAUCGUUCGCUGUGCUCGAUGUAGUUUCGUGACGUCAUGGCGGUGACGUCACAAAUUCGUGACGUCACGGCGGCGACGUUAUAAAAUGCGGUAUACCCAAUUAUUAUAGCGCUUUUUUCAAAGGUGUACAGCUUUACGUACUAAUGCAUAAGAACGUGUGUUUAUAAACAUAGGUGCUGACUAUCCAUUCCGCUGCUAUAGCACAAACAACAAACCAUAUUCUAACUUUACUAUGUAGCAAAACAAUGUUAAAUAUAAGUUGCUCGCUUGCCAGAAUUUGCUGCUCAAAAACGACCGU